AUGCCGCACAAAAAUGAGUCCGCCAAGUUUCGCCAUACGAGACCUGCUACCGGAAGCGACCUCCAGGUCUCCCUCCCCUUCAGAUACGGAACUAGACGUCACUGGGACGGAGACACCUCCGCCGAGCUCCUCCAAAAGCCCAGAUGAAAAAAAAAAUGAAAAACCGGCGUAUAGCUACAAUGCACUCAUUAUGAUGGCUAUUAGAAGCAGUCCUGAGAAACGGCUCACGCUUAAUGGAAUCUAUGAGUAUAUUAUGAAGAAUUUUCCGUAUUACAAAGAGAAUAAGCAGGGCUGGCAGAAUUCUAUACGACAUAACCUCAGUUUAAACAAGUGUUUCGUGAAAGUACCGCGGCAUUAUGAUGACCCGGGUAAAGGAAAUUACUGGAUGUUAGAUCCAUCAUCUGAUGACGUGUUUAUUGGUGGAACGACAGGGAAGUUGAGACGGCGUUCAACUGCUGCUUCUAGAUCGAGGUUAGCUGCGUUCAAACGAGGUGCAAUUUUACAUCCUAUGUUUGGUAAUCCGUAUGCGUCGUUGGUGGGGCUCUACCCGCCUUUGUUAUCGGUCUACGGGCGGUAUGCUCUUCCAAGUCCGCUGUUGCGGCUGCCGCCUCCACCGCCGAACCCCUACCACCAUCUUUAUCGAAGGAUCCACGGUUUGACGCCGUCAGUGAGUCCUCCAGACGAAUCCGACAUGAAACAUAGUUGAUUUAGUUAAUUCGCGUGAUAUUUAUCGAGAUAUCUCGCUGAAGACUCGAAGUGACUGUGAUAGGACGUGUAGAUAUUUGCAAGUAUCUGUACAGUGGCCGUAUUUAUUUAUUAACUUAAGAUUAUUAGAGGCUAAGUUAUUGAAACAAUUUGAAACUGUAUUUAUUGUAAUAAGUUGCA